AAAAAAAAUAACGGCGAAGAUUCUUAGAAGCGCGAAAUUGGUGUAUGGUAUUAAUUUGGUUUUUUACUAUAAUCUUAUUACUUAUAAAUGAUAUUAUCUUUCCGAGAAUCGAAAACCAAAGAUGUCUAAGGAUAUUCGAUCGUUUUUCAAGCCUCAGAAAGUGAAAAAACCAAUAGCUGAAGAUGAUGUUGAUGUUAUACCAGAAUCACCUGAUGUUGAAAUUAAGAUUAAGAAGAGAGAAAAUAGAAAAAAACGAGUGUUGAGUGACUCAGAUGAAGAAAUAUUUUCUACAAAGAAGAAAAAGUCAAAUGAAGAUAGUCUUAAGACAUCGCUGAAAACAAAACAUAAGGCCCUUGCUAAAACAGAACUCAAAGAAGUUAAAGCAGCUGACAUCUUUGGCAGUGGACCCAUUAAAAGAACAGAGCCAAAUGUAAAAUCAGUCCAAAAAAAAACUGAAACUGGUAUUCAUUCGGAUGAUGAUUUUGAUAAAAGUCUUUUGGAACUUGAUAGUACUGAAGAAUUAACUCUGAAUAAUGUUAAAAAGGAAACUACCCCUGUUAAAUCUCACAAUGAAAAAUCAAACAUAAACCCAAAUUCAACAAAAACUAAUACUGAUAUCAAAAACAACAAAUCACUGGAAGUGAACUUUAAUGGAAAUGGGAGUUUGUCUGCAGAAAACCAUGAAUCAGAAGCUGUUACACCAAAAGCAAAAAAGAGACACCUUGAUUUAACAUCAGAGAAUACAUAUGAAUCAAAAGAAAAUAAAAUCAGCAAAUCAAAGCAACAUGUUAAUAAAUCAAAGGCGAGUAAUACAAAUGAGAAUGCAUCACCAAAUGACAAAGAUAUUUUUGAAGCAACAGAUUUGGAACUAGAUUCAAGCCAACUAAAAAGCAAUAAGAAACUUGAGAAGAGCCUAAAUGAGUCUGUUCUUACUGACGAAGAACGAUAUGAACGUAAACGACAUUCUGCAGCUUUGUACCAAAAGUAUUUGAACAGGUCUGGACCUAAACAUUUGGGAGCUAAAACCAUUCCUGAGGGUACACCAAAUUGCUUAAAAGAUUGUGCCUUUUUGUUAACUGGGGUGUUGGACUCCUUUGAAAGAGAUGAGGUCGCGGAAGCUAUUACGAAACUGGGUGGAACUAUCAAAAACUCUAUCAGCAAAAAGGUAACACACGUCUUGGCUGGAGAGGACGCGGGUCCGGCGAAAAUAGCGAAGGCUCAAGACCUAGGAAUUAAAAUAAUAAAUGAAAAUGAGUUUCUGGAAUUAAUAGUAGCUUUGUCCAAGGGAAACACGACUGAGAAGACUAAAAGCAAAGAUGAUAUCAAAAAAGAACAAAAUCCCAUUCCGAAAUCAAAUAAGGGAAAGCAUCAUACAGUAAAUAAAAAUAAUCAUAAAUCUGACACCAGUACAAGCAAUGAGAAAUCUGUAAAAGAUAAAACUAGCCCAAAAGUUAAAAAUAUCAAAAGCGAAAUUGUAGAUGUAAAAGUAAAAAAAUUGGAAGCAGCUAAAAAUCAAAACAAGUCUACUGACCCGGAAAGUAAACCCAAAUUAAAUACAAAUCAUAUACCCGAAAGUAAUAUAAAAAUGAAAUCUACUAAUGAUUUACAGGUCAGCUCAAGUACAAAACCGGCAACUGUAUCGGUGCAGUCUGCAAUGUGGGUGGAAAAAUAUAAACCACAAUCACUCAAGCAAAUUAUUGGACAACAUGGGGAAGCUAGCAAUGUUAAAAAAUUAUGCAACUGGCUUACUAAAUGGUACGUGAAUAGAAAAGCGAAAUUACCAAAACCUAGUCCGUGGGCGAAAAACGAUGACGGAGGAUAUUAUAAAGCAGCUUUGCUGUCGGGACCGCCGGGCGUUGGUAAGACGACGACGGUGACAUUGGUGUGCAAAGAGCUCGGGUUCGACGUGGUGGAGUUCAAUGCUUCCGACACCAGGAACAAGUCCCUAAUCAAGGAACAGAUCGGCGAGUUGUUGACCACUACUUCCCUUUCCGGAUAUGCCAAGGGAAUGACGGGCAAGCAAGCUGUUUCAAAGAAACAUGUUUUAGUAAUGGACGAAGUUGACGGUAUGGCUGGCAACGAAGAUAGAGGCGGUCUUCAAGAGUUGAUAAGUCUCAUAAAGUCAGCAUCCGUACCCAUUAUAUGCAUGUGCAACGAUAGAACCAGUCAGAAAAUGAGAUCUCUCGUCAAUUAUUGCUACGAUUUGAGAUUUAACAGGCCUCGGGUUGAUCAAAUAAAGGCGGCGAUGAUGUCGGUGUGCUGCAAGGAGGGCAUCAAAGUGCCGGGCGAGGCGCUGUCGCACCUGAUCGUGGCCGCCAACCAGGACGUGCGCCAGACGCUCAACCUGCUCUCCAUGUGGGCCGUGGACCGCGACCGCGCUGACGCCGACCGCCUCGCGAGAGACGCCUCGCACACUAAAAAGGAUAUCAAACUGGGGCCUUGGGAAGCCAUACGCAAGGUGUUCUCUGCGGAAGAACAUAAGAGCAUGAGCAUUCACGACAAAAGUGAUCUGUUCUUCUACGACUACAGCCUCGCGCCGCUGUUCGUGCAGGAGAACUACCUGCAAGUCGCGCCACACUGCCCCAAGCAUGAGGUGCUGGAGCGGCUCAGCAGGGCAGCCGACAGCAUCAGCGUCGGAGACCUCGUCGAGGCGAGGAUUCGCGGCAGUCAGGCCUGGAGCCUUCUGCCCAUGCAGGCGAUGUACAGUUCAGUGAUCCCCGGGCACGUGAUGGCGGGCCACGUGACCGGCCAGAUACAGUUCCCGGGCUGGCUCGGCAAGAACUCGCGCAAGAACAAGAUGCACCGUCUCUGCCAGGAGAUCCACGCCCACACCAGGCUCAGCACGUCGGGUUCGAAGUCGUCUAUAUUCCUGGACUACUGCACGCACCUGCGCGACGCCAUAGUGACGCCGCUCGUCCGAGACAAGAGCGACGGCAUCGCGCACUCCCUGCAAGUGCUCGAGGCGUACCAUCUCUUGAGAGACGAUUUGGAAUCAUUAACUGAAAUGUCACUAUGGCCCGGCCAAAGGAAUCCAAUGAUUCUAAUAGAUUCGAAGGUAAAAGCGGCAAUGACCCGCACGUACAACAAGAAAGCGAUGGCGCUGCCGUACGCGCCGGGGCAGGUGAAGCGCGCGCGCGCCGCCGACGCCGACGACGGCGCGCCCGCCGAUGACGACGCCGACGACGACGCCGACGUCGACGCCGACCACGAGCAAGAUGACAGCGACCCCGAGAAUGACCUUCUCAUUAAGAAAAAAAAGAACAAUGAGAAAACUGGAGGUAAAAAAGAUGAAGCUGGUACUAGUAAAGACAAGCCUAGUUCGAGCAAAGGCAAGGGAAAGAAGAAGUAGUUAACUGUAGUAAACACUCCAUAGUCCCGCCUGAUAAUCCGCCCAUUCAUUCCAGCAAUAUGAUAUAAUGUAUUUCGGGUCUAUAACUAUCAUGAUCAAUUUUACGAUUGACCGCUAAGUAACAACUAGUUCAUGAAGUAGUUGUGCAUCUUACUCAAUCAAUGUAUCUUUGCUAAGAUGUACCUGUGUAAGAAGUGGAGCCACCCAGAUUUUUGAUGCAGGUUGUUUCAGCUUCAGCUUCGGCGACGUCUGAGGUUAAUAACUGUUUAAGUUUUGGCCCUAAAGUCACGUUUGGUAUCAUUGUCAACUAAAUCAAAAGAUGUAGAACAUACCUUUAAUCUAAAUCGGUUCAGCGGUUAUUGAUUCCCCAUACAAACUUCCACCACCUUUUUCACACUUACACUUAAAGGAUGAUUUGUAGAAUAAAAACUAUCCCAUGUCAUUUCCCGGGACUAUCUAUAACAAACUAUUUUAACUAAAUAGGGAAUAUUACGCGAAAUUCUGCGUAGGGGGCGCUACUACCACAAACCAUCACAAUCUGAGGGUCUACCGCGAAACAAGAAAAUCGAAAUUUCCUUAUCUAACCUCUCUAUCACUCGAGCGAUAAAGAGGCAGAUAACUAAAUAUCGAUUUUCGCGUUUCCCGGUAGACCCUUUGUAAACAAAUCGCAUUGAUGCAUCAAUGUCAUAUUUUAUUGUCUGUGAAAACUUGUCAAAAAACUGGUUAAUGCACUGUAUGUAUAAGUUACUCUAUGGUUUACUAUAGGCACUAGUAAUGCACUCUGGCGGCAGAAUAUUGCAGUAAUACCCCCUAUUGGUUCAGCGGUGUAACCGUGAAGAGGAAUUUAAAGAAUAGUACAAUUUUGUUUUUACCUCGGAAUGGUGUUGAUAUGAUACCUACCAUAAAUGAAUUCGGCAUUCCCGAUAUAUGUAUACGAAAACGAUACCGAACUUGGCCUAGUAGCUUAAAUGAUGUAGACGCCCCCCUCCCCCACACACUCAAAAUUUACAUCAAAAAUCUUGGUGGGUUCUUAAAGCAAUCCCUGGGACCAAUCUUGCCAAAGGAAAUGUUCGGUUCGCGAAACGCGGUAUUUCAUCGGCUGCAACGACCACUAUAUUCGUUACCGAAACGAGGAAGUGAUUGGCUGUCCCAUUAAAUAUUUUCUAAAACACACUGUUGUUAGAUCCCAUGUGAAUUACGUAGGUUCUAUUCGUUCUGUUCCUUGCUUUCCAGCUAUAUUCACUUCUUGCUAAUCUUUGGCGGUAGGUAUAUCUAGAGGAAACUCUUUUUUGGAACUAAUGUAACUACUUAUAGUUUAUGUAGUAAUCUAAUAAUUAUACAAAUCACAAACAUCACACAUGUAAUUAUUUUAGGGUAGACGGAUAAUCGCUCUGCCGAAAUAAUUAAUAAGGUUUACAAAAUCGUAUAGUUAACAUGAAAUUAAAAGUUCGUUAAAAACAUAUGGCAUUAUACCUCUAAUUUAGUUCGAGCUUUCUUUACCAAUAUUCGUAUUAAGCGGCAUACGCAUUGUCUAUAGUUUAUUCAACAUAAGUGGCCCCCAAAAGUGGCCCCCAUGUUUAAAAUUCAUUUGUUUACGUUACAUACGUUACGUUACGUCACUAAUUUACAUAUGUGUACCAAAUUUCAACUUAAUUGGUCCAGUAGUUUCCGAGAAAAUAGGCUGUGACCGACGGACAGACAGACAGACGCACGAGUGAUCCUAUAAGGCUUCCGUUUUUUCCUUUUGAGGUACGGAACCCUAAAUAAAAUAAUCGUUGAAAAAAAAGUAACUCUACCGCUCUAACUUUUGAAGCAUGGGUCCAAAAUAUAUGAAAAAAAAUCGUAAAAUAAAAGCUUAAUAAAUACUUUAAAUUAAAACUAAAGCGAACAUGACUGGUCCAGCCGUUUUUGAGUUAUUGAAAAAGACUUCUCUUCUUAGUAAAAAAACAAACAAAACGAUGCGUAGGUAAGUUACCUUCGUACGUUUUUUUAUAGAAAUAUUAUUGAAAAUAGUACAAUUUUGUUUUUACCUCGUAAUAUAAGAAAUAUAGAUGGAUUGAUAUAGAAAUAUGCUCUUGGUCGAUUUUUUUUAUGUAUACAGUCUUUCCUGUUUAUGGUGUGUUAGGCUGGCCACUCACGUUCAGUUACCCUAAUAUGUUUCACCAAUUCUCAUUGUCACUUAAAACAUCAAGUUUAGAAGACGUAAUUACAGUUGACAGUUACAUAAUAGUUAUAUGUACAACAAGAGAUCAAAGUUUGAUAUUUCUUCGAGUGCUUAUUUUGAGUCCCGUGCAAGCGAAAGAUUCUAUAAUCUUAUCUUUAGAAUCUUGAGCGUAGUAAGGGACUCAAAAGCGCACGAGAUGUAAAUAACUUUGAUCUCGUGUAGUACACAAAAUGUUUAACCUGAGCAGUGAGAACAUACCUAUUAGACAACUUGAAAAAUGUAAUCCUUCUUCAUCACUUAAUACCUGCACUCAUGUUUUCUUAAGAUAUACAAACAAUUAAGUUUAAUUACCGCAAUCGAACACGAAAACAAAACGUAAUAAUACAUUUCAGUAAAAUAAUAUGGAAAUAACGAACAUCAACUGACACUUCAAUCGACAAUAAUUUUUUUGUAAAAAUAAAACUUUGUAAGAUACGGUCCGAAUUGCGUAUACGUACUAUUUGUCAACUAAGGUAGAAAUUCUUAAAAGUAAAAUAAUUAAUUUUGCGUAAUAAUCUGUGUAUUUUUUGAGUUCAUUAUUUUAAUUGUACAAUAAAAUACCUAAAAUAUAAUAUUUUAUCAGUUUUUAUCAAAUCUUAAACAUUAUUUUUAUUAAUUAAUUAUUAAGAAUUCAUACUCGUACGUGGUUUAGAACGAUGCGGUCUGAAGUUUUUCGGGGGUCUAUUAUAAACCGUCAAUAUACUGUUGAAUGUCGUUUUAACUUUUUUUGUCUGUUUCUUUUUGCUAACAGUGUGAAACGGACAGAGAUAAUAGAACCCAAGUAUUUCGAACUUGUAUUAGACCCCGCAUAUUGAAAUGACAUUUGACUAUAAAGGUCACUUGAAUGUCAUUUUGUCUCACUCAGUGAGCAAAAUCGCAUUUUUCUCACUGUUUUUAAGAAGCAAAGUACCCUUGUUCGAGCUGCUGAGGUGAAAAACUCUUUUACAGUACAUAUGGUCCUAUUUUCCCGCACUAGUGCGUAAAAUAGCACUUUUCGUGCGUAUGUCAAAAGUUUAAAUGGCCAUAUGUACUGUAAAACGUUGUACCAUACACGUGCGAAUAGGUAAUUCGCAACUCGUGUCGAUUUAAAACACUCCCUUCGGUCGCGGUCGCGGUCCGCACUUGUAUCGUAAAUAACUAUUAUCGGAUAGUAAAAAUGUUUUGUUAAAACUAUAGACAAAGGUAGCUGCAAACAACUGAAGUAGAUGGCUCUGAACGGCGUUAUAUGCUUUAUGGUAUUAUGGUUACUGGUUUGUCAAACAGCGCCAGAUAACCUAGUUGCCGCAUAAUGUACGGCGCUGUACAGAGUGUACAGGUACAGGUGUCAAAUUUGCGACCAAGGUAGAGUCGGCGCGGAAAGAGAAAGAAAGUGAAAUGCAUGGGGUCCAAUACAUUCUAAAG